GUAGCUACAUGGGGGUGCUGUAGAGUGGUGUAUGCUGAUACAGCCCUGUGCUUUAUGCAGUUAAUUUCUUCUUGAGACUUAGCUUUGCAGAUUUGCUACUUAGUAAUCAUGGGAAGUAAGUAGCUUUACCGACUAGUAUUUUAGUGAGGAAAAGUAGUAAAGUGGUUUUUUAAAUGCAGUAUUUGAAAAAAGACUUGAUGGCAGCAUGCUUGCUCUGUUGGCUAUGAAAGAAUGUUGCAUGACAUGGAAAACUGCAAGUGAGCCACUCCUUUGCAGUCAGUAGUGUAUAGGAGAUAAAGAACAAUGUCUAAACUAUUAGACAUUAUUCCCUAAGUGGGGAGCUGUAGUGCACUGUGCUGAUCUGUAUGCUUUAACCAAGUUUAGGGAGAACAAUAGGAGUGAAAAUACUUAGUAAUUUAAGAAUCCAGUAUAGCUGGGAGGGAGUUAUUUAAGAAUUAAGUCCAUUAUUAGUUAGUAAUAAUUGAAUCUAUAACCUGGAAGCUAUUUGCAUUCGGGUGGACAAAUGUCUACUGCAUGAACAGUGAACGAACAGCAGCUUGAAACUGCCUGAAGUGUGUAGUGAAUCUCUGGCCCACUUGACUUAAAGCCUUUUAAGCCUACCUGCAGUGGUGGGUAACAUGGUACAAGAGACUGAUCAAAAUAAUCCUAAAUUGAACCUAUUGCCAAGCAGUCUGUGAGCAGGGACCAUUUUUGAUUCUUAGUCUUUUCUUCCAGGUUUUGGUAGGUUGUUUUAGUGUUUUUAUUUUGGUAAUUUGUUAUUAAUGCAGUUAUAAUAUUCAUUACUGUGUGAAUAGUCCCCUUUUCCUCUCACUCAUUCUCCACUUCUCUGCAGAGUUGCACACAGUCUGUCAGGUGAAUUAUGGGGUUCAUGUUCUCUUCAGCAUCAGGCACAGGACCAGCUGGUGCUGGGGGUAGAGCUCUGGAUGAACUUUAAGCUGCCAUGGUAUCUGACAUGAGAUGUUUAACAGCAUGAGAAGGACGCGGGAGGGUUUUACCAUGGGCAUAUAGUGACAGAUCUAUUUGCUGUUAAAAUGUCUCUAAUGAAUGACAUUUGUUUGAACUAGUAGUUAUUUUAUGACAUUUGACAGGAUUGCCCUAGUUCUUUUAUUUAUGAUUAUGUUAAGUUAGAAGAGCUUCGAAAAUGUCAACUUUUCAUAUUAAUUUACUUUUUUUUUAAAUGAAAAUGGUAUUUUAUCUAAAAUGUGUCUCAAAAUUUAGUCCCCUAAACAUUUCAUGUUUUUGAAGUAAUGAUAUAGCAAUUUCAGCUUCUUUUGGAAGUAUUGAGCUUUCAGACUGAAAUGCAUGUGUCAAAUUUCCGUCAUAAGGAUAUCCUGAAUGACAAAACUCUUAAGAGCUGAAGGAAAAGAGCUGUACUUUUGUAAUGGAAAUACCAAAUAAACAUAACAGUUCAUGACAUGGAUAUAUUAAUGGUUUUAUAAUUCAUAGGAGAUUAGAGAAAGUAUCUAUGACUAGUUUAUAUUGAAAGUUUAAAGAAUUGCUUUCCUUUAUCAAAUAAACAGUUAGUUCAAAAUACGCAUUCCUUAAAUGAUGACUUAGGAGUCAAGUUGUUAAAUGAAAAUAUAUGGUGUAUACCUUGGAGAUUUAUCUUGUUUGCUCUUUUUCUCUUAGGAAGCCUGACAAAUAGAAAAAUACUACAAAGUGAAGAGAAAAUUUACUUCAUGACAACUGCUUUCAUUUGCUUUUAAAUUUAUUUAUAUUAGUGGCUGAUUAGUGUCAGAUCAUCUCUGUAGUCCGUUGUGGUGAAAUUACUAGGUUAAGCCUGGAAAAAAUGAAACAGUUAAAAAGAAAAAGAAAAAGCAAUUUUAGUGUUCAGGAAACUCAAACUCUUCUUAAGGAAAUCAGAAAAAGGAGAGAAGUACUCUUUUCGAAGCAACUUAAUACAACAAUUAAUGAGAUGAAACGGAAAGCUUGGGAGGAGAUAGCAGAGUGUGUCAAUGCUGUAGGUGAAGGAGAGCAGAGAACAGGGACAGAAGUGAAAAGGCGAUACCUUGACUGGAGAGCACUCAUGAAGAGAAAACGUCUGAAUGCAAACAUCAAAGUAGGUGCUGGGUUUCACCUUCCUUCAUCCAAUUUAGAUGACUCUCUCAAUGAAGACAUGGAUGAGAAAGUGGGAUUUGCAAUUGAAUCUAGUUUUGAAUGGCAAAAUAUCUCUGACUUGAGAGAACCCGGUGGAUCUUUAACGGAAAUCAAAGUAGAAGAGGAAGAGGAGGAUCCGCAGAAUUUUGAAUUUCCUAUUGAGGAAGAAGAAGAAAUUCUGUCAUCAGUUCUACCAGAUUCGAAAAAGGAAAAUGACUUACCAGACUUUCCCCACAUUGAAGAGUUUGGAAAUCUGAGCUCUGCUCAAGCUAGGCUAGCCUAUGAAGAUUCUCACAUGCUUAUAAAUCUGGAGAAACAAAAGGUGGAGCUGGAGAAACAGCGACUGGACAUCGAAGCCGAAAGGUUGCAAGUGGAGAAGGAGCGCCUGCAGAUUGAGAAGGAGCGAUUGCGGCACGUUGACUUGGAGCGUGAGAGGCUUCAGAUUGAGAAGGAGCGACUUCAGAUUGAGUGGGAGAAACUCAGGCUAGAGACUCUGCAUGCUGAAAAACCUGCCCUGGAGAAUGACCUCACCCAAACUGAAAAACCUGUCAUGCAGCCUCUGGAUGUAGAAACAGAAAAGUUAAAACUUGAAAAGGAACGCUUGCAGUUAGAGAAAGAGAGGCUGCAGUUUCUAAAGUUUGAGUCAGAGAAGCUGCAGAUUGAGAAGGAGCGCUUGCAAGUGGAGAAGGAGCGCCUUCGAAUUCAGAGAGAGGGUCACUUGCAGUGAUCGUCUCAGCUAAGGUGUCAAUGUUUUGAUGUUUCUAAAUUAGAAGUAGUUCUUUCCUUGAUACUGAAACUGUCCUAGAGGCUUAACAUUCUUCUUUUCAGAGUUGAAUGUUGAUGUUAAACUGAAAAAAAAAAUGGUGCUCAAUAUGUCAGUGUGCCUACAUAAAUGAGCUUAUGUGUGAAUUGCUUUUCAAUGUAUCAGAACUUUAGUGUUAUGUUCUCUUGUCUUCAGUAUUGUGCUGUAUUAGUUCAGUGUUCUCUCAUAGUGGCCUUGAGAAGAAUCAAGGCUGAACCUUGUACUUUUUGUCACUGUACUAACAGUAAGGAGGGAUCAUAAUAAAUCAGCUUUUGCUGUGAGGACAUGGUGCUGACCAUGUAUAGUAAAAAGUAUAAUUUCAGCAGAAUACAGGAAUACAGAGUCAUUGUGAGAGUGAUUCAUUAAAUUUUAUUCCCCCCUAUUUUUUUUCUCCACCUCCACAGUUGGGAAGAACAGUUGAAGAGUUAUCUAGAAAUUAAAGUGCAAGUUAAAUUUGUUGCAGUUGUGUUUACUGUUGUUCCAUGGCUUGAACUGAAUGGGAGUGCAGAAUAUAGGUUAGAGGUUUUUUGUGGGUUUUUUUUUGGAUGAAGUAUUCAUAUUAUCUAAAAUUACACAUCAGCCCUACCUACUAUAAGCUGGCCUGUUGGUUUUCCCAGGUCAUUAAUAAUGCUAUAUGUAGUAGAGCACCUGUGCUAGCAUAGCAUGGGGAUUUAUUGAUUACUCAGGCAUACUAUCUAAUGAGUCUGUGAUGACUCCCUGAAGGAAAUUGCUAGACCUUGUUUGUUCUUGGAAGGCAGUAACUGGUGAUGGGAGUCUCAUACAUGGAGACAUGGAGACUGAGCACAGGCUAAGAACCUCUGAGCUUGAACACUUCUACACUCAUUGCUGGUUCUGCCUGGCCAGGGCCAAGGUCACGUCUGCAAGGCAGCCAGAAGAGACUUCUGUGGCUCUCUAUGUAAUAUAUUUUAAUUAGACAAAUAGAGAUGGUCAGUGCUGAAGGCUGUUAGUAUUUUUCAUAGGCCACGUUAGUCAUAUAAGAAAAAAACCCCAAACAACCAAGGAAGGAAGCUUUCUAUUAUUUCAUGUGUGUUUAAAUCCCAGCUGAGCCAGACUUCACCUUUCUCAUCUUUCUGCAAGUAACUGUCGUGUUAACUCUGUUGGAAAUGUAGGACUGUGGGAAUACUAAGUCUAAACAUAUGUUGAGUGACUUAGGUGAAUUCUUGUGCAAGUAAAUAAUAUUUAUAGCACUACAGGUUUACUUUUAUUCUGCAAAGAUUAUUUUUUUAUUACUGAAACAAGUGUGCUUCUACAGUGGAAAUAAAUUUAACUACUACACUCCAAAA